CGUCCAUCUUCUAAUAAACAACACGUCUCCCAUAACCAACAUCAACAAUACCACAGAUGUCCAAUGUAUCCUUCGGCCUUAGCAAGCGCACUUCAUAUCUGAAAGUAUUAUCACUUCUCGGACAGUGCAUCACCCUGCUUGAUAGAACCCCUCCAUCAGCAUCAGCCUAUCAUCGGCCCCUCAGAGUAUUUCAGCUUGGGAGGAUAAUGCUUAGAAGCCUCUCAUAAUACUGCGCGCCCUCCUUUCUUUGUUCCAGCUAAAAAAAGGCCUUCCUACCCGAAAUUUGAUGCUGGUUACCCUUUUAUUGGCCCGGUAAACUUUACAUCAAGGUUUUUCCAAGACCCACUUCAUCCGACUUGAGGGUAUUGCCCGGCUUAAAUACCAACACGAGAACUGGUCUUUGAGAUAUAUAUAUAGAAUCACACAUCGAUCUAUCUUUUGGUUCAAAGGAUCAGAUUUCACCAGCAUCAUCUGGCAGGCUCCGGCGCAGGAAGAGACAGGGAUUUCUAUCCUGUUAAGUUCUUCUGGACGAGUGUCAUGUUUUCAUGACUGUCGGGACUCGAGCGCACAGGUCUGCGUGGUCUAUCAGAUAUCAAGAAUCCGUCAACCACUUGAUAAUCUCAUCAAUGGGCUUUUGAAUGCCCGUUAAGGAUUUGGCUGUGUUGGUUCCCGGCCGACAAAGGAUUUGUCGCUUUAGCUCCCCGGCAUUAUUCAUCGGCCAUUAGCUUCAUUUUGGACAGUUUCUUUAUUCCAUAUCCAAUUUUAGCGACUCAUCAUAAUUAUUCCGAUUCCGAGCUGGAUAUCCUCGGCUGCCAUGAUUCGAAGAAAUCAUGCCUUUCCCCUUUGUGUACCUGUGCGACCUGUUGGAUAAACUCGAAGGUAUACACGUCAGAGAAGUGGCAUACCUACCCAAGGAUCGGAGGUCUCUGACCAAGGAUGCACUCAUGUCUUGGUUCCGGAUGCAUCGAUGGAGAAUCAAUGCCCAAGAUACCGAUGGUAACGCUGUCUUGAUGAUGUUAAGACCAGAAAGGCAGACCGAUCGAGAGUAUGGACUGGAGGCGUACAUGGAACAGAUCCUUGCAAGAAUCUUCAAGAUGCCGACCGAGAUGUACCAGAGACUAAAAAGUUGGAGAGAUGAUGCUCAAAAUCAUGGAGAUCUUGGAUCACGUUUGUGUAAGGUCUUGCAAGACAUGAAAAUCAUUCCGCCUAGCUCUACAGCAAGCAAGAUAUCCGCCGACGAGAUUGAUCAAGCAUUACUUCGAAUAGCAAUAUUCAAUGCCGGAUCUUCGGUGGCGGUAAAGUCUCUCAAAGAACUAGACGAAACCCCUCCAGAUAGGAUCGACGUCUUGGAAGGACUUUAUUUGCGAUUGCAGCCUCGGGAGGCGAAAUGGUUGACCAGAAUUGUUCUCAAGAAUUUCGGUCCUGUCACACUUCCUAGUGGCUUUCCUGUACCUGGCAAUGUUACACAUUUGCCAAAUUCUCUACCGGUUAUGUUGAAUUUUCCAACAGAGCCUCCAUCACCAAAGCGAAGGACUAGGACGCGGAUAAAACGUGGCGUUGGUUCUAAUGACCCAACUCAUACUCUCCCAACUCCACCAACCUCUUCUCUAAAUCUACCUCCUCAAGAUACAGGGGCAGUAGCAGAAAAACCAGCGCCAAUUUAUUGUAUUGGGUGGGAUCCUCGAUCCUCGACACUCUCAGCGACAGUCAAGGUCACUGCUCAGCCAACACCCGCGAAAUCCUCACCUCAUCAAAAUUCAUCAGCAAAACUUGGAGAGACGGCUCACAAGCCUGAACCUCCACCGAGCUUUUUCGAUCCUUCUAUAUCUAUUCCAACCAACUCACAACCAACACGAAGAGCCCUCGGUCAAAUCUCAUCAAAUAUCCCCUCCGGCGGAAGCCAAAGCCAACAAUCCCAAUCUCGAUCCCCAGAAAAGAAUUCCCCAGCUAAUAACCCCAUCACUUCCUCCAACAACCAAGCACCCCAAAUCCAAACACCUCCAGACCCCACCCCAAAAUCUCCCAUCGUCUUCAGCAAAGGCAAAUGCCUCCUCACCCAAACCCACACCCAAAAUCCUACCACCAAACAACCCCCCUGCCAAUUCUCCUCCUCCCUCCUCAUCGUCUCCCCCUGCCUCCUCACCAACACCCACCUCCUCUCAACCCUCAUCCCCCACCACGGCGCGCACUACCUCACCUCCUUAUCCCAGCUCUCUCACCCCACCAUCCCGCGCCGCACCAAAUCCGGUCGUCGGGUUAAGAAGUUCAUACUAGUCGAUAUCACGCGUCCGGAGAAAGCGGUCAGGUUUUGUAAGGAUGUGGAGAAGGCUGUGGAGGAUUUGGGUUUGGGUCUAGGGGUGGGAGGUGGUGGGUGGAGGACGAGGGGUGGGAGGAGACAGAGAGUUCCGAUUUUUGAUUGGAGGGUUUUGGAGAGUGCGGUGAAAGUUGAGAGGGGGUGUGUGUUGGGGUUUGAUUUUUGGGAGAGGCAUUUUCAGGGGGUGGUUUGAAUUGUGGUUAUGUCGACUACUUUUUUUUGGUUAAGUUUUGUGUCUGUCUUUUGCAUUGUCGGGUUGGGUUUUGCACAUUUUGGAUUUGGCAGUUCGUUUCGGCAAAGGUAUGGUUAUGGGCAUUAUUUAUGAGUAGCAUUGGGUUGGGUUGGUAGGAACCAUAGGAUAGGAUAGGGACUUGGGCAUUUUAUUCUUCUUUUUCGGCAUUGGAUAGCAUAAGAUAGGAUAAGAUAGGAAUGGAGGAUAUCCAGGUAGCAUAUAGCACAGCAUAGCAUAGCUAGCAAGGACGGAACAUCAUGCAUACAUAAGUAGGUAGCAAAUGACAAUUUUAAGAUCUAA